AUGACUAAAUUCAUUCAAACUUCAGAAUCUCGGUUCCAAUCCACCGAGACAGCACUAAGAAAUCAACAAGCCUCUAUCCAUAAUCUAGAGAAUCAGUUGGGUCAAAUCUUUAGACUCCUCUCAGAAAGACCCCAAGGGAGCUUGCCUAGUAAUACUGAGACUAAUCCUAAGGAACAGGUCAAGGCAGUAACAUUAAGGAGUGACAAAACAUUACAAGAGAAGGGGAAGCAAGAAGUAGAAAAAGCUGCAGUUGAAGAGGCGGAUACAGGUCAAGAGGAGACUGUGGAAAAGCCCCCUGUAGUGAAAGAAUUCAUACCUCUACUCCCCUAUCCAGCAAGAUUGAAGAAGGACAAGGAUGAUGAACAAUUUGGUAAAUUUCUGUCCUUAUUUCAUCAACUUCAUAUCAAUUUACCGUUUGUUUAUACUUUGACACAGAUGCCCAAAUAUGCAAAGUUUCUGAAGGAUCUACUGUCCAACAAGAAGAAGCUGGAGGAGUUGGCCACGGUAACUCUAAAUGAAGAAUGCUCAGCAAUCCUACAAAACAAGAUGCCCAAAAAAUUGAAGGAUCCAGGGAGUUUUAUUCUUCCUUGUCUCAUUGGUAGAUUGAUAGUUGAUAAGGCUUUGGCUGAUUUAGGUGCUAGCAUUAAUUUGAUGCCAUAUUCUAUUUUUAAGAAAUUAGGUUUGGGAGAACCUAGGCCAACUAGGAUGAGUAUUCAAUUAGCUGAUAGGUCAAUUAAAUAUCCUAGGGGUAUCAUUGAAGACAUGCUUGUAAAAGUAGACAAAUUUAUUUUUCCUGUUGAUUUUGUGAUUCUUGAUAUGGAUGAAGACACUGAAGUCUCCUUGAUCUUAGGUCGUUCCUUUUUAGCUACUGUGAAAGCCAUAAUUGAUGUAGUGAUAUAA